AUGAGUGUUCGCGAGCAGAAGCUCGCGACGACGCCGGUGUGGCCCGAAGUGGCUGCCGCAAUGACUCCGUACCUCACGCACCACUGGGGAAACCCCAGCUCCGGCCACGCCUUUGGUCGCCCGUGCGGCGCCGCCAUCGUCCAGGCCCGCGCUGCGGUGGCGGAGCUCAUCGGCGCUGAGCCCUCGGAGAUCUGCUUCACGGGCUGCGGCUCCGAGUCCGACAACUUUGCCAUUGUCGGCGCGCUGGAGAUGGAGGAGGCGCGGCGGCGAGGUGCGGGAGGGGCGGCGCUGCCUCGGCCGCACGUGGUCGCCUCGAAUAUCGAGCACCCGGCGGUGGAGCUGUGCAUCGAGGCUCUCUGUGCGGCGGGACGGCUCGAUGCCACCUACGUGCCCGUGGACGAAGAGGGCUUGGUCAGCGCGGAGGCGGUGGCGGCAGCGACGACAGAGCAGACGUUUCUGGUGAGCGUGAUGCACUCGAACAACGAGGUUGGGUCGGUGCAGCCGGUCCGCCAGAUUGCCGAUGCGGUCAGGGCUCUGAGGCCUUCCGUCCUCGUUCACACCGACGCGGCGCAGUCGAUUGGAAAGGUGGACGUGGACACGCGUGCGCUCGGGGUCGACUUGCUCACGCUGGUGGGGCACAAGUUUGGGGCGCCCAAGGGCAUCGCCGCGCUCUACAUCCGAAGCGGCCUCGCGCUCCCCCGCAUGAUACACGGCGGCGGGCAGGAGAGCGGGCGGCGCGCCGGCACCGAGUGCACGCCGAUGGUUGUCGCUCUCGGCACCGCCGCCGCGAUUGCGCGCGCCGAGGCGGCGCCGCUGCGGGAGCACAUGAGGCGCACGCGGGACGCGCUCGAGAGCGCCCUUGUCGAGCGGCUGCCCGCUGGGUCGACGAGGGUCAACGGGCCUGCCGACGCGAGCCGGAGGCUGCCAAACACGCUCUCGAUCGGCCUGCGCGACGUGCGGGCCGCCGAGCUGCUCGAGACCCUCUCCGAGCGCCUCGCCGCCUCGGCGGGCGCCGCGUGCCACGCCAACGCCGCCUCCGUCUCGGCGGUGCUGCGCGCGCUGCGCGUGCCGCCCGAGUUUGCGGUGGGCACCCUCCGCCUGUCCACCGGCCGGCACACCACCCUCGAAGAGGUGGCGCUCGCGGCGGACCUGAUCGCCGAGGAGGCUCGGCGCCAGUGGGGGCAAGGCGACGGAGCAGCAGGGAAGGUCUCCGACAGCGGGCCAAGUUGACACACGUGUUCACUCACAGGCCAACGGGUACAUGUCCGGGGUAGCGCCGGCGCGCGCUCCGCGCGCGAAAUCCAGGUGCCCGUACUAUGCUCAUAGCCAAAACCUCAUUUC